AUGCCAGUGUUUACCGGGACAGUUUCCACUUGCAAGGUGGACGUCUUGAUUGCUGGCUUUCCAUGUGUGAGCCUGUCACCGUUGACUACAACUCCUGGCAGUAUUGAGGAUUCUGACUGCUCUUCCGGCCUUGGAUGGACUUCCACCUUCCAAUACAUUGAGAGGCACCGGCCAAGAAUGGUUCUUUUGGAGAACGUCCAAACUCUGUUUGCCUCGAGGAAGGCAGAUGGAGGACAGUCACCGUACGAGAUCAUGAGGAAGAAGCUGGUCUCCUUGGGCUACUCAGUAAACGCGGCGCUUUUCAACACUGCUGACUUUGGACCACCUCAGUCACGAAACCGGGCUUGGGUGAUUGCUGGGCUGAAAUCAUAUGACACUGAGAUGGCAAUUUUGGAUGCAGCCCGUUUCAGAUGUUCCUCAUUUCCUCUGAUGGAGAUCAUCAACCAGGACCUUGUGAGUAAGAAUCCCAAGAAGCAGGCUGUCAAGAAACACAAGUUCAACAAGGACGCGAAGUGGCAUUCAGGUUACAAGGAACGUUGCAAAGAGCUCGGUGGGAAGGCGGGAAGGCUAAGAAAAAGUGCACAUGUGGACAAGAUCAUUGCCGAACUACGCCCAGUGGUAUGUGAUGUCUCCGAGAGGGAACUCGCCAUUCUGGCUACGGCUGUGUGUGAGAUGAAGAUGAAGUUUGUUCAUGGAGAGUUCCUGGCUUUGCGCUUGCCAGACAUGAAGGUGGAUGAAGUCAGUUCUGAAUUUGGCCUGUACAUGUAUGAUGAUGGAGGUAUGAAGGGUUUAGCAGCUGCCUUGGUUUGGGAGUCGCACGAGAACUUGAGACACUCUCGCAUGGUUUCUCUCGUGCAGAAUCUGCUCAGCAUCCCGACUUUGCACAAAGUGCAAUCAAGCGAUCCAUUGGCAUUCACAAUUGACAGAAUUAUCAAGCAGAAUGUCGACGCCAAGAAGCUUCCGGUAUCAAGCUUUGAAUGGUCAGAGAUCCUUCUUCGGUUGGGCGAUCAUGGUAGUAGCUAUUCGGAGGCUAUCAAAUUGUACAACAACAAUCCUCAAGAGAAUGGAGACAAAAGCGCCAGCGGGACCCUCAUGAUCGAUUCCAAGAAGACCCACAGCAUCAAGCACUGGAUGACAAAAUGUGGUUCGUUGGCGAGAGAAGUGGUUCUUGAAUCCAUGCAAGACAGCCCAUUUCAAAUGGGUCCUUUCGGAGAGUCAUUAGCUGGGAUGGGACAGCUUUUCCUCCAGUCCUCCGCAGACGGCCUUCAAGGCAGUGCGGAUGCCCUUGCCCCACUUGCUCAUGAAGAUUGCAUCGCGAUCCAGUGGGACCUCCAAUUGACUGAAGCCUCCCAGGGAAUGCUAUUCAGAAGGAUCAAAAUUGCAUUUGACCGAGCCACUGCCAUAGUUGACGAUGUCAGGGAUCGGAAGAGAUACCGCAUGAAGCCAGACGAGGUUGUUGCACUUAGAAAUUUGUGCGCAUUGUGGGGCCAAAUCAGGGCAUUCUGCAAAACACGACUCCCCGACUUCGAUUCUUUUGAGCAGAAGUUGCACUCCGGCAAUUCCAUGGAUGACCAGUUCGCGGAGAUUUUGCAGACUUGCCCGAGCAAAUUUGCUAUUUCGAUGCUACCUGUCUCUCAACAUGAAGCAGCCUGCCAGCUGAAGCGGCAGGAAGAAACAGUUUGCCUAGAGGCAGAACAGCAGCAGUCAGAACUUCGUGCAGCAAAAUGGCGAUACUUUGUGGCAGCCCUGGAGAGAGACCAACGGCAAUUGUCCUUGGUGGCGUCUGCUCCUGAGAAGCUUGACAUGCUGCGGCAUCGCAAAACAAUGGGAUGGAGGCUUGAACAAGCCAAAGUUGGCGAAAAGAUCAUGAUGGCUUACAGCGAGAAGUUCAUUCGGUGCCGUCACAUCCAGCAAAUGGAACACAUGCAUGAGAUCCUGCAUGAAUAUCGUGCCUUUGCAGAAACCGCUGGAGUCAAGACCACUGACAUUUGCACGAUUACCUUCGUUGAUUUGAACACUCCAUUGGCCAACAGCAAAGAGAAGAUGAACGAGCUUAUGAAGGCUGUUGCUGCUGUCAAUGAUGUGGCACCUACCAAGAGCAUUGGCUGCAUCGAGCUUGCUGACAUUCCCAAAAAGUCAUCGAAACGAGGAUUAGCAGACGAAGAAAGAGAUCUCCAAGAAUCUCUAUGGAGUUUGAAGCAGCAAUGCGACGCACGAUGGAUUUUGCCUUUUGAAGUUCCGCAAGCUGCAGAAGCGCACAGCUCAAGAAGGCGCUUCAGCUCAGGCAGGUUGGUGGUGAACAAGGACGCUGAAGAGACAAAUGUGUUUCUCACCAGUGCUGAGCUGGCACUUUGCGGAAGACCAUUGGCAGAUCAGAAGAUCUUCAUUCCUUUGUCCAAAGACUUGCUUUUGCCAGAGUCUCUACAACCAAAUGAAGACCUUAGAACAGCGGAGCGGCAACGCCCGUCACAGGAAGCUGUCACGGCGCAGAAAGGUACUGAUCGGUACCUUGCUUUGUUGCGUUCCCUACUGACGACGUCUUCUGAUUCUCUCCAGCAGCAAGCGGUCCUGGUUGUGAACCUCACUGGGUAUGUCGAGGAAUUGGGGUCGGCAGUUCUUCAGCACAAGCUUGACAAAAACAACUUCGGAGGCUUCAACUGCGAGAAGCUCUACUACCUGAGCGUAUCCUGGCUUGGCCGCGAGACCUUUGGCCAUUGUCGUCUGCAGCGAGACAUCCUUCAAAGCUGGAUGGCAAACAAAUUGGAUUAUGGCACAUCGUUCUCUGAAGAGGCCCCCACCCUCACUACAGCAGAGAUCAAGAGCAUCCCAGGGGGAGAAGCCACAAUCUCGGGUUUGGACAGCUUGAAGUGGGAAGUUUGUGAGCGAAAUGGAAACCGGAUGGUGAUCAAGCAGGACGAACACCGCUACUGGAGCUCACAAACUGGUGAAAUCGGAGAGUCCUAUGCAAUGCUGAAGCAGAAGCACGACAAAUUGCUGGAGAGCAUGCCGGAGGUUGGUUCUGCCACUACCGAGGCCAGCGAGAACACGGCCAACAGUGAAGCGCAGGACGAUCCAAAUGUAUCCAAUGCAACGACCAUGGAGUCGCUUGACGCCUUGAAGGCAGUUGAAGAGAUCGCGUACCAAGUUCAAUCUGAGGUCUCCGGCGUGCAGUUGCUGCUUACCAAAAGCAAGCAAGUUUGGCUGGUGUCCUUGGACAAGGAUAAGGUUCUUGCGAAACAUUGCCAACUUGGAGGAUUUGGCAGUGGACAGUAUGCAAAAGCGGCCGAAUGUGGAGAUGGCGUACCCUACAAGCUUGAAGACAAGGACAAAACGCCAGUGCAGGUAGACGAAACCAGCUUGCGAGAAAGUGCGGCAACUGGCAGUGUGGCAACCAUGACACUAUACAAGCUUCUCGUGCUGACAGAGCGGGAGAAAUCGGUGACGGCUCACAAAGUCUCCUACUUCAAUGUCUCCCGGAAAGAUGACAGCUCAGUGGAAGCGGGAUGUGAUGCAUUCAACGUGGAGCCCACUCACGAAAUGAAGUUCAAGAUCCUGCAGCAGGAGGGGAGUGAGAAGGUCAACUGCAAAAGCUUUUUUGCAAGGUGUGUACCGGCGGUGAGUACCAGUGCACACAUUCGCACGGUCUUCCGAUUCAGAUUCGAGCGAGUGGGGCUGUCCUUGAAGGUUCAGAAGCCUUACGUCAUCACUAGAUCGUCCCUUUCCCUCCAAAAGGGAAAACCUCUGAAGAUUGCAGAGGGCAAUUGA